CGCGCCGUGCGGGAGGAGGCGGGCGCUCCGCUGCGGGCCGCGGCGGCUUCUGCCGGCUGCACCGCGCGCUUGGACUCCCGGAGCCGGGUCCAGGGCUCCCUCGCCCGCGCCUCGCUCCUCCGCAGCCGGGGUGCCAGAGCGCUCCGAGGGGUGGCGCAGCCUCAGCCCGCCCCUCCCUCCACCCCCGCUCUCCUGCUUCUCUCCCUGCCUCCCUCCCCGCUGCCUCACCACGUAGGAGUUCAGAUUCUCCACCCGACUCGUCCUGAUUUCCCUUUUCCUCUCUUUUGGAAACCAGAGAGGUGGAGGGAGGCGACGAGGCUGCAAAGGAGAGGCCCGCCUGCAAAGUGUUGCUUUGACACAUCCGUGUGAUGGAAGUUAAGUGAAAAACAAAAACAAAAACCAAAAAGCAAAAAGCAAAACAACAACAACAACAAAAACCAAAAAAACUCCGGGACGUGUUGCUGCUACAGAGAGGAGACGGGAAAGAAAAGCAGUAGGCAGGCCAAGGGUUUUUCGGCAGCGCGCUGGCAAGUUUGUGGAAUACUUUCUAGGAAUUAGGUCUUUUUCCUCCCCCUUCAUCUUCUUGACUUCUGAAGAAAGAACUUGGCUUUGGAUUGCAAUGGAGCCUAAGGAGAGAGGGUUAGACACACUUGAAUAAUCCCUCCGCCUGGGGUGAAUUUGUGGGAAUUUAGGAAGCCAGAGUGGAAAUACAGCAGCCUUUGAAGUACCCUCCGUUAAUUUGGAUGGAUCUAAAUGUGUCCUAUUCAAGACCUCUUCACCAACCCCUUCUGAACUUGCGAUGAUAUGCUCUUCUUGACUAAUUAGUGUCUAGGAAAGUCUAAACUUUGGAACUACCUCUUUUUUUGAUACUUAUUUUUGUAGUUUGCUCUCUGGGAUUGGUUUCUUAAACAAUCUGGAUCCUUUUUAAUAUGUCAAAAUGAGUCUGCUGAUGUUUACACCACUACUGCUCUGUGGAUUUUUAUAUGUUCGGGUUGAUGGAUCUCGGCUUCGCCAGGAAGACUUUCCCCCACGGAUUGUGGAGCACCCUUCGGAUGUGAUUGUCUCGAAGGGCGAGCCCACCACCCUGAACUGUAAGGCGGAGGGCCGGCCCACGCCCACCAUUGAGUGGUACAAGGAUGGAGAGCGGGUGGAGACCGACAAGGACGACCCCCGGUCCCACAGGAUGCUCCUGCCCAGCGGAUCCUUAUUCUUCCUGCGCAUUGUGCACGGGCGCCGAAGUAAACCUGACGAAGGCAGCUACGUUUGUGUUGCCAGGAACUAUCUUGGUGAAGCAGUGAGUCGAAAUGCUUCUCUGGAAGUGGCAUUGUUGCGAGAUGACUUCCGGCAAAACCCCACUGACGUGGUAGUGGCAGCUGGAGAGCCUGCUAUCUUGGAGUGCCAGCCCCCACGGGGACACCCCGAACCCACCAUCUACUGGAAAAAAGACAAAGUGCGAAUUGAUGACAAAGAAGAAAGAAUAAGUAUUCGUGGUGGGAAACUGAUGAUCUCCAAUACAAGGAAGAGUGAUGCGGGAAUGUACACCUGUGUGGGCACCAACAUGGUGGGAGAAAGAGACAGUGACCCCGCAGAGCUAACUGUCUUCGAACGACCAACAUUUCUCAGGAGGCCAAUUAACCAGGUGGUGCUAGAGGAAGAAGCUGUAGAAUUUCGCUGUCAAGUGCAGGGAGAUCCUCAACCAACCGUGAGGUGGAAAAAGGAUGAUGCAGACUUGCCACGCGGAAGGUAUGACAUCAAAGAUGAUUACACACUGAGAAUUAAAAAGGCUAUGAGUACAGAUGAAGGUACCUACAUGUGUGUUGCUGAGAAUCGGGUGGGGAAAGUGGAAGCCUCCGCUACCCUCACUGUCCGAGCUCGCCCUGUUGCUCCGCCACAGUUUGUGGUUAGGCCCAGAGAUCAGAUUGUUGCUCAAGGUCGAACAGUGACAUUUCCUUGUGAAACAAAAGGAAACCCACAACCAGCUGUUUUCUGGCAGAAGGAAGGUAGUCAGAACCUACUUUUCCCAAAUCAACCCCAGCAGCCCAAUAGCCGAUGUUCUGUGUCACCAACUGGGGACCUCACGAUCACCAACAUUCAGCGGUCAGAUGCUGGCUACUACAUCUGCCAGGCCCUAACUGUGGCAGGAAGCAUUUUAGCAAAAGCUCAACUGGAGGUUACUGAUGUUCUGACAGAUAGACCUCCACCAAUAAUCUUACAAGGUCCAGUAAAUCAAACAUUAGCGGUAGAAGGUACAGCAUUACUGAAAUGUAAAGCCACUGGUGACCCUCUUCCUGUAAUUAGCUGGUUAAAGGAGGGAUUUACUUUUCUGGGUAGAGAUCCAAGAGCAACUAUCCAAGAGCAAGGAACCCUGCAGAUUAAGAAUUUACGGAUUUCUGAUACUGGCACUUACACUUGUGUGGCUACAAGUUCAAGUGGGGAGACGUCCUGGAGUGCAGUGCUGGAUGUGACAGAAUCUGGACCAGCAAUCAGUAAAAAUUAUGAUUUAAAUGACCUGCCAGGGCCACCAUCCAAACCACAGGUUACAGACGUUACUAAGAACAGUGUCACCCUCUCCUGGCAACCAGGUCCCCCUGGAACUCUUCCAGCAAGUGCAUAUAUCAUCGAGGCUUUCAGUCAAUCAGUGAGCAAUAGCUGGCAGACAGUGGCAAACCAUGUAAAGACCACCCUCUAUACUGUGAGAGGAUUGCGACCCAAUACAAUCUACCUGUUCAUGGUCAGAACAAUCAACCCUCAAGGGCUCAGUGACCCCAGCCCUAUGUCAGAUCCUGUGCGUACUCAAGAUAUCAGCCCACCAGCACAAGGGGUAGAUCACAGACAAGUGCAGAAAGAACUCGGAGACGUCCUUGUCCGUCUGCAUACUCCCGUUGUACUAACUCCCACCACCGUUCAGGUCACAUGGACGGUGGAUCGCCAGCCCCAGUUUAUUCAAGGCUACCGAGUCAUGUAUCGUCAGACUUCAGGACUGCAAGCUACAUCAUCGUGGCAGAAUUUGGACGCCAAAGUUCCCACGGAGCGAAGUGCGGUUUUAGCCAAUCUGAAAAAGGGGGUGACUUAUGAGAUUAAAGUUCGACCUUAUUUUAAUGAGUUCCAAGGAAUGGAUAGUGAAUCUAAAACGGUCCGUACUACUGAAGAAGCCCCAAGUGCCCCUCCACAAUCUGUCACUGUGCUGACAGUUGGAAGCCACAAUAGCACAAGUAUUAGUGUUUCCUGGGAUCCUCCUCCACCAGACCACCAAAAUGGAAUUAUCCAGGAAUACAAGAUCUGGUGUCUAGGAAAUGAAACUCGAUUCCAUAUCAAUAAGACUGUGGAUGCAGCCAUUCGAUCUGUAAUAAUUGGUGGAUUAUUCCCAGGUAUUCAAUACCGGGUAGAGGUUGCAGCUAGUACCAGUGCAGGGGUUGGAGUAAAAAGUGACCCGCAGCCAAUAAUAAUUGGGGGACGUAAUGAAGUUGUCAUUACUGAAAACAAUAACAGCAUAACUGAGCAAAUCACCGAUGUUGUGAAGCAACCAGCCUUUAUAGCUGGUAUUGGUGGGGCCUGUUGGGUAAUUCUGAUGGGUUUUAGCAUCUGGUUAUACUGGCGAAGGAAGAAGAGAAAGGGACUGAGUAAUUACGCAGUUACAUUUCAAAGAGGAGAUGGAGGACUCAUGAGCAAUGGAAGCCGUCCAGGUCUUCUAAAUGCUGGUGAUCCAAAUUAUCCCUGGCUUGCUGACUCCUGGCCAGCUACAAGUUUGCCAGUAAACAAUAGCAAUAGCGGCCCAAAUGAGAUUGGGAAUUUUGGGCGUGGAGACGUGCUGCCACCAGUUCCUGGCCAAGGGGAUAAAACAGCCACGAUGCUCUCAGAUGGAGCCAUUUAUAGUAGCAUUGAUUUCACCACUAAAACCACUUAUAACAGUUCCAGCCAAAUAACACAGGCUACCCCAUAUGCCACGACACAGAUCUUGCAUUCCAGUAGCAUCCACGAAUUGGCUGUUGAUCUGCCUGAUCCACAGUGGAAAAGCUCGGUUCAGCAAAAAACAGAUCUAAUGGGAUUUGGUUAUUCUCUACCUGAUCAGAACAAAGGUAACAAUGCCUUACUUUACAUCCCUGACUACCGAUUGGCUGAGGGAUUGUCUAAUAGAAUGCCACACAACCAGUCACAGGAUUUCAGCACCACCAGCUCUCACAACAGCUCAGAAAGGAGUGGCAGUCUAUCAGGUGGGAAAGGUGGCAAAAAGAAAAAAACUAAAAACUCUUCCAAACCACAGAAAAACAAUGGAUCGACCUGGGCCAGUGUUCCUCUGCCUCCUCCCCCAGUCCAGCCCCUUCCUGGUACAGAGCUGGAACACUAUGCAGUGGAAGAGCAGGAGAACGGCUAUGACAGUGAUAGCUGGUGCCCGCCAUUACCCGUGCAAACAUACUUACACCAAGGUAUAGAAGAUGAACUGGAAGAAGAUGAUGAUCGGGUCCCAACACCUCCUGUUCGAGGCGUGGCUUCUUCUCCUGCUAUCUCCUUUGGACAGCAAUCCACUGCCACUCUCACUCCCUCUCCACGGGAAGAGAUGCAGCCCAUGCUGCAGGCUCACCUGGACGAGCUGACAAGGGCUUAUCAGUUUGAUAUAGCGAAACAAGCAUGGCACAUUCAAAGCAAUAAUCAACCUCCACAGCCCCCUGUUCCACCAUUAGGUUACGUGUCCGGAGCCUUGAUUUCUGAUUUGGAAACAGAUGUUGCAGAUGAUGAUGCUGAUGAUGAAGAGGAAGCUUUAGAAAUUCCCAGGCCCCUGAGAGCACUAGACCAGACACCAGGAUCCAGUAUGGACAAUCUGGACAGCUCUGUGACAGGAAAAGCCUUUACCUCCUCUCAGAGACCUCGACCCACCAGCCCAUUUUCUACUGACAGUAAUACCAGUGCAGCCCUGAAUCAAAGUCAGAGGCCUAGGCCCACCAAAAAACACAAGGGAGGACGAAUGGACCAACAACCAGCAUUGCCUCAUCGAAGGGAAGGAAUGACAGAUGAUCUUCCACCACCACCAGAUCCCCCACCAGGUCAGGGUUUAAGGCAGCAAAUAGGCCCGAGCCAGCAUACUGGUAACGUGGAAAACUCAACAGAGAGAAAAGGAAGCUCUCUAGAGAAACAGCAUGCAUCCAGCUUAGAAGACACAAAGAGCUCCCUGGAGUGUCCAGCUAAAACCUCUCUAGAGUGGCAGCGACAAACCCAGGAAUGGAUAAACUCUACAGAACGCCAAGAAGACACACGGAAAGCCCCACACAAACAAAGUGUUGGACCAGAGGAGACCUUGGUGCCCUACAGCAAGCCCAGCUUCCCAUCCCCCGGAGGUCACAGCUCAUCAGGAACAUCAUCUUCUAAAGGAUCCACUGGACCCAGAAAAACCGAGGUGUUGAGAGGAGGCCACCAGCGCAAUGCCAGCGACCUUCUUGACAUAGGAUAUAUGGGCUCAAAUAGUCAAGGACAGUUUACAGGUGAAUUAUAGUAACUGAGAGGAGACCUUCAAAGCUGCUCUGAAGGACCACCAGGUCCGAACUCAUGGAAGUGAUGCCACUAAACAGUGCAAUGAACAAUUUCUUUUAUUUAUGUACUAUUAAAAGAACUGUAAAUGCAAUGUAAAGACACACAGCCACACAUAUCCCACAGAUAUCUUACUUAUGUUCUUCUCUUAAGUAUACCACCCAUCUUAACUCUUUCUUGUCAGGAGUAUAUAAAAAAAGAAAGAAAACAAAACUCAAAAACUCGCCCUCCAGGAAGAAAAGGAUUUUCCUCUGUAUAUAAUUUCUUUUGUGCAUUGCUAUGCAAGCUCACUCUUUUUAGCUCUGUUCAUAUUAUCGUCUGUUCUUAAUGGUCUGUUGUACUAUAUGUGAAUUAAUAGGCUGUGUUGCCAUAUAUUAACUUUUAAUUGUGUAACUUUUAUGUUUAAAUUUUGCACUGCAAUUUUAUUUGGUGAUAAGCACAAAUCUCUACUCCUCAUGACAUGAAGAAAGAUUGAAUGUGAAGGGAGUUUCUGUACUGUAAGCUAGUUGGAUGAUGCUGGUGUAACCCAUCAUGUUAGAUGGUUUGCGGUUGGGGUGUAGUAAUAGCAAGAUGCAAAGGAACAAUGGUACUGGCAAAGUCUUCUGCGAAUCAAGAAGUGAGUCAAUUUACAAAGCGUUUAUUGUUGACAAAAGUAGGGGUCGAAGGAAGGAAAUUUAAGUCUUUAGAUAAUAUGCAUUAAAAUAUGGAGGUAAUGAAGAUGAACUAAUCUUGCUUUUAAAAAAAGAUGUUCUUUUUAGAAUCAAUAUUACCUAUGGCUCUAAUUGACCCACCUGAGAAUUACGAGGAGCAAAAGGAAAUUAUGAUGUUUCACAAGAGCUGUAUUUAUACUACAGUUUUUAACUAGCAAUUUCUGAAUUAUCAUAAUUAAUCUUUCCAACUCAUUAAGUCAGAAUAUAACAUGAAGCUCCCCAAGGAAACAAACAAAAUGAACUCCAUAGUAUCUAGUAAAUAGUUAAAGAGGCUAUUUAUUAUUAGGCCAUACUCAGGCUGCUUCCAAAUAUGAACUCUAUUGCAAUAUCUUGUUUCAUCUUUAUAAUACAUGUACAGUACACAAUAGAGGUUAGACCUGCAUCACUUAAAUUCAUGACUUUUAUAAAAAUAAUGCAGUCUGCAUACAAUUUUGUGUUUCAUUUGGUUCAGAAGUGAAGUUAAUGCCACUAACUGUAUACCCAAAUUGUAAUUGCUUAAAAAGCAGUGUUGAGAGUAUGUUCAGUUCACAAGUAGAUUCAUCAGAAUAAAUACUUUUUGGUACAUUUCCAGAAAUUGGCUAUCAACUCAAAUCUGUUUGACCCAUUUUGAAUGAGCAAAUUGAAAAGGAAAAUUGAAAAGGAGAAAAAUGCAUGUUUAUUACACUUUUUAAAUAAAACCAAACCUUGUAAGUGGACAUUAAUAACAGUGUCCUGCCUCAUUUUUUUUUCACAACUUUGGGAACAAGAAGUUCCUGAACAUCAGUUAUAUAUAUUCUAAAUAUGUGACUUUGAGGUCUGUUAAGUUACUGUACAUGUAUAGUCAAUCAGUAAAGUAGAACAUUCCUGUAAUUCCCACCUGUGACAUUUUCUCAAUGCCACCUACACAUUCUUAAACUCUGCUUCUGCCUGUAUUUCUUAAUGCUUUUUCUAUAUAUUCAGUAGUUAGUAGAGUGAAAACUAGUCGGUCUAAUGAUCAGUAAAAAUUCUAAAGUAGGGGGCCCCUUGCAUGACAAUUCACACUCUGUGUGUUUCUGGCUCAAUAGAGCUAAAGGUGAUAUCAUUAAAAGUGCCACCAUUUUUAUUCUCCAAGACUGCAUCAACACAGGCAGCAGAGAUUGCAGAGUGCUUGAUGGGUCCCACCAUCUUCUUGGUGCCACAUUGUUUGUUUCUUCACUGAAGAGUUUUCUGACACACUUAUUAAACCCUCCUCCAAAUUUCUACCAUCAGUGCCUAAAUUUUAAUGCAGUUCGACUUUUCUCUGGGACAGAGACUGGGAAAGGUGAAAAGAUUCUGCAAAAAUGAUACCUGGUUAUUCACAAGUGUAAGGUGCAAUUUCAUUAUCUGUGCAGUUCCUUGCUUCACCUUCCUGCAUUUUUUUUUUUUUUUUUUUUUUUUUUUUUUUGUACCUGGGAUCAAACUCAUGACCCUGCACUUGCCAGGCAAGUGCUUGUGCUGCUGAGUUAUAUCCCUAGCCAUUCCUGCAUUUAAAAGCAAAUUUCUAAGUUUUUUAUUCAUUUGUUUUCCUCUUUUAUACCUCUCAGUAACAAAAUUAGGUUUAAAACUUUACUGUAACACAUAUAUUAUACAUUGCUAUUACCCUUAAUAACUGGCACUUGUAGAUGAUUACUAAGUCAAGACUUCAAAGUUAUAUAUUGUUUUUUUUAGCUGAUUUGUAGAAUAAUUCAGGGUAUAGCAUCAUACUUUUCUGAUAGUUUUCACUACACAAAAAAUUUAAAAGUAUAUCAAUACAGACCUUGUGGUUACUUGGAAUAUUCUUUUACAAUAAUCCAUAUUGUCUGUUAAAUCUUAUUUGAAAUAAAUUGAUCUGUCAAAUCUAGCAUCUAAUAUACAUAGUAUCCUCAUAUGGAGGUUAAUAUGCUAUAGCCAUAUGAAUUCAGGAACCAUAUCAAAAUCAAAGCUAUCAUCAAUUUGCUAUAUGUAAAAAGUUACUAUCAGUGAACUCAGAAUAUCAACAGAAGAUUACACACCUGUAUAACAGCCACCUUGGUUUUUCAUUGUGUUGUUGAUUAAGUGAAUGUGAUUUGAAAUUCUCUGAGCUCACUUCGCAGGUCUAAACAGAGGCCAGCAUACAAGAUAAGAGGGAAAUGGGUGGAAGAGAAUGUGAUCUUGCACUGCUGCGCAAUGAUGCUAUGCAGUCAUGCCUGACACAUGCAUUCAUAACAGGCAGAGUCUACUUCUCAAUGCUCAAACUCAGGUAUGCUGGUGUAUGCAAUAGAGACAGCUUGUCCUCCUCCAAAUCUUUGCCAUGCCAUUUUAAAAAUAGGAUUAUGCAGGGGCAUGCAAACAAGUUUCCUUCACAGGAUUUGAAUCCAGUGUAAGAAAGAAUAUAGGAAAGUCAAGAUCAACAUGUAAGGUAUCACACAACCAAAGGGAAAAAGAAAUAUGGCAAGUUUAUUUGCUUCGAAUAACAAAACAAAGUUCAUGGUGUUCUGUGUCAUAGUUGAAAGCUCUGGGUAUUUAAAUAUAUUUUCAAUGGGAUUAGUUCAAAAUUUGUAUGUACUUUGGUGGAACACCUCCCAAUUUCUCUUCAAUAUAUUUAUGUAAUUGUCCCUUGACAAUAAGACAAUAACAAUGCCAAUGAGCUCCAAACUGUGGAUUAUCUCCACUGGAAAGUGAUUGUGUGUCAGUAUUAAAGAUAUGCAGAACCAUAACAUUCACUAAUAUUAGUUUCCCCAUUUGCUUCUGUAUGUUGUUUAUAGAAUUACAUGACAAGCAUUGGUGUAAAUCAACAUGUUUUCCACAUUAUCUUAGAGGUGAAGUUAUGUUUAUUUUGCUUCUUUAUAAUGUGUAUGUCAAAUGAAACACCAUUCAUUUUUAAGGGACAUACUAAUUUUCUUUAAUUUCAUGAUUUCAAAAGCAUUUAUUGUGACUUUAAAAGUGUUGCAAGAUAAGGGAUUUUGUGGCCGUGGUAGAUUUUUUAUACUUUGUUUUAUAGUAGAUUCUUUUUUUUAAACUGUAGUUUGUUUAAGUCACCAAACAGCGUCUAAAAUCUUACUGUGUUUCAUUUGAUGUUGUUCGAUUGGCAAAGAAAUUGGCAUAAAAAUUGGUUAAUAGUAUUGUCAAAGAAUUGUGUAUUGUGUAAUCACUGGGAAAAAUAAAAUAUAUUCACAUUUCAAA